UAUUAUUAUAGGGACUAUUUUUCAGCCGUUAGCGCGCUAGAAGUCAAACCGUUAUCCAGUGACACGGAUAAACUAAUGUCUGAGGCAGUGCACUGUCUGAGUUGAAGUUAAAAGAAAGAAGAUGACGGACGUGUUGUGCAAGUGGCUGAACGAGAAGCUCCAGCUGUCAAAAGUUAUUGAGCCACAGACUAUUGCCCAGGAUUUCUCCAGUGGUUACCUAAUCGGAGAGGUCCUGCAUAAAUAUGAGCUGCAGAACGAUUUCAGUUUGUUUCUGAAGAAAGACACCUCCAUUGCCAAAGUGAACAAUUUUUCCCGACUUGAACCUACUCUCCGGUUAUUGGGGAUCCCGUUCAACAUAAACACAGCCCAGGAACUGAUGCAGGAGAAGCCCGGUGUUGCCACAAGCCUUCUUUACCAACUACAUGUCUCACUUGAAAAAAAGAUGAUAGCAAAAAUCAGCAGGACAAUGAUGGAAGUCAUGCAGCCUGCAGCCAUUGCUUCCCUGCACAAAAAAGAGCAUGAGCUCUUCCGUCAUGGUUUGGAACAUGAUAGAAAGAUACUAGCGCAGAUAAUGUCUAGCCAAUGCCAGUCAUUGAACAGAUGGCCUGUGAUCCCUCCCAUCCAGAAAAAGAAAAAUAUUGAGACGGAAUGUACUGACUUCCACCAGGACAGAGACUGCCUCGUGGUGGAUAGCCUGCCUCCCCCUCCCCGUCCACCUACUCUGGAGAAGCCCAUGGCGUCUACCCCCACCAUCACUCAGCUGGAGUCACUCGAAUAUUCAUAGAGUGCUACUGCCCAGACAAGAUGAAGAACAAGAGUCAAUACCUCUUUCACUUAGUUAAUAUGAAAGAUGUCGCUUCAGCUAUUCUGAAGUAUUUUUAUUACUUUAUGUUCAAAAUGUUUGCUGAAAUGUAUUGUUUACUUCAGCAUGGAAUAAAAAGAUUAAAAUAUAUAGAUAAGGU